UCUCUGGGACACUUUUCAAAAUUUAUAUGUAAUCACAGUGGUUCCCGCGAAAAGUAAGUGCUCUAACCUUGUCCACCUGACUUGCGAUAUGUUAUUUUGGUUGACAAAAUUAAAGCGUCAAUGAUUUUAUAUCAAAUUUUAUAUCUCUAUUUUGUACUCCUCGGACUAUAAAACUGAAUAUUAACGAAAUGGUUUGUUUUAGUGAGAUAAGAUUGGCCACUCAAUGUACAAGAAAACUAAAUACGACCAUACUACUGAGUGUAUUUGAUAAGUUUUGAUAAAAAAAGUCAAUACAUUUAGAUAUAAUUAUUAACACAUGUAUUUGAAGGUCUAGUUGCUGUAAAAUAACUGUUAUAUAUAUUUCAUGGGAAUAAUAUAUGAAAAGAAUAAUGGAGACAAAUAUAAGCAACGUAUUUAACAAACUUAAACAUGUUAAAGCGAAUAAGUCGACAGUAAUGUUCCGGUAUGAUCAGGAUAAAUACCGGUGUGGUUGUAUUUUAGGGCGAAGAUUUGACGAUGCAGUUCUAAAGGCAGCUGACGAUGAAGGGGAAGAAAUUUGUACUUGUAACGUUCAGAAUGAAACAGUUACAAAAUACUACGAAAUGAAAAAUGACUGUGCUAAAUGUAAAUUUGCGUGCAAAAAUGUAGAGCUAUCGGAAGAAGAAAACUUGCAGCUCAAGCAAUAUCUUUUAGAUUUGUCAAAUUAUAAGAGCUGUCUAAUAUUUAAUACAGAUGCCGCACUGUCCCCGUCUAUUUCGCAAGAAGAAGAAGAUAAAAUAGUAACUUGUUGUAAAAUGGAAAGUAAAUGCCUCAGACUAAUGGCUUAUAUUGAAUGUUAUUCUGGAAAAGCAAUUGACAAGGAAUUUCUGGAUGAAUUAAAGAAAUCAAGAAAUACUCUAAACAAAGAUCUCUCCAGCUUCAUUCCUGGUGAAUAUAGACAGUGGAAAGAUAUAAAAUUUGAAGCAAUGAACUUAUGUGUAUGUGGAAACAAGAGAAAGCCACAACAUAACGUCGCUUUACUAGACACCGCUAGAACGGAUAUUUCUAAGGAGUUCGUUUCCAAAUUGAGUGGCUUUCUUUGUGAAUCUGACAUUAAUGUCCACACAAUUAAUGAGGAUCAUCAGAAUGAGUACAACUCCUACCCGUUGAUAGUUGUUUGUUUAAAUGAUAGCAGAUUAUUAACGGAUAUUGAUAACUCUCUUGAAAAAGUACAACGUGAAGACAUGGGCCGAGUUGCUUUAAUUACCUUGCAUAUAAAGGUGGAUGAUUAUUCGGAGCCUGGUGAUUCUGAUAGAGCUUUAAAAUCGCAAGACAAGAAAAGAAACAGACAACUGGGUUUGAUAACUGAUUGGUUCUACAAAACGGAAAAUAAAGAGAAAAAUAAUAGCACAAAAGAAGAAAUAAUAACAUUUAUCAAAAGAAAAAGAUAAUGAACAGUAAACAACUCUUAAUGUUAUAUGAAGGAGUAUGUAUAUAUGUAUCAUUGACUAUGAUAAAUAUUGAUACCAAUAUAUUAAACUGGUCAAAUUAGAAAUAAAUAGAUUAGUGAAACAAUUAGUGCAAGGAAAGAAACCAACUUAUGGCCAAAUUGACAGCUUGUAAAAAACAAUUAGCUAUUCAUAGAAAUACAUAUAUCAAUGAUAUAAUAUAUCUUAAACUGUAUUUGCAUCAUAUCCAUUUAUUAUGCUUUACACAAUUUGCUACAUGUAUCUAAAAUUGUAUGUCCCACAUGGUUCCUCAUGGUUAUUAUUGAAAAAAAAAUGCUUUAAGGUUAAGCAACUAAACGAUUAACGAAAAGAUAAAGUUGUACAUUACAUUUCGAUUGUGUAUCUUUCUUUGUCAGAAACAAGCCGCAAGACCAAUGCUUAACAAAGCCUGCAACAAUUUCAAUUUUGUUGUGUUGGACUGUCUUUAGGGAUUCUGUUUUUCUCUAUUUUUUUACUUAAUCUAGAAACAGA